CUCGGUACGGCACGUAUGACUGACAUGGCGCAUUCCCCGCACAGACUAAUUUCUCCCACGAAAUACUCAUCUUCCCGCCGUUCCAUUCAACGAAGACCUGAAGUCCCGGUCUUCUUUCUCCCUGCUCUACCCCCUCCUCCCUCUCUCUUCCCUCUUUCUCUCUGUUGUAUCGUGUUUGUCUGCUAAGGGAAGAUCUUUACGGAAAUUGAGGAACUGAAUUGUUUGCAUCAAUAGCUUUGGUGAUUGAACCCUAGGAGAGCGGCUUCGUGUUAUUGCUUCGAUUGAUGGUUAUUACUUCUCAGCGGCUUCGAUUGGAGCUCGGAAUUCUCCAAUUUUUUUUUUGGGAUUAAUUGCACCAUCCAUUGAAUGGAUAGCGAUGUUACUAAAGUUGAUCGAGUGCUGAAAAUUUCUUGCGAACCGAAGGUACAUGAUGCAAUCUGCUUUGAACUUGUGAAGGUUUCAAAAAAAAUUGGCUGCAUUCUUCCUGGUAUAGAAUCAGCUCAACCAGGAAGCACGUCUGGAAUACAAGUGUUAUGUUCUCUGAACAAUACAGUCGAGAAAAGCAAGCUGCUUGUUCAUUACUGUUCAGAGUCUAGUAAAUUGUAUUUGGCUCUCACAGCAGAGUCAAUUGCUUUGAGAUGUGAAAGGAUCCGAACUCAAUUGAUUCAGUGUCUUUGUCAAAUUCAGACAAUGGUUCCAAUGGCACUGGCAUCGCAGAUUUCUGAAGUUAUUGAUUAUCUCAGAGAUGUAAAGUUUAUCAUAAAUCCUAAAGAAGAGGAGGCUGGAAAGGUUUUAUUGAAUCUUAUGGCACAAAUUAACUCAAGUGAACACCAAGAAUAUGAAGCCUUCCAGAAUGCAGCUUCAAGAUUAAACAUCACUUCUUCAAUAGCUCUUUUGGUUGAGAGAAGGGCCGUAAAAAAGCUUCUGGAUAAAUUCCAUAAUGUUGAUAAGAAAAAAGAGAGAAUACUAAUGUAUUUCCUUUAUCUCAUUAAGACUCAUGGAAAACAAUUAAGGCCUGAUACUGUGGAGCAGAAAGAAAAUGCCAACUCACAGAAUAACUGCUUAAAUGAAAGAAUGAACUCUGAAUCAGAUUCUUGUUUGAUUGGUGACAACUUUCAGCCACCUAAUAAUGUUGAAGCUCAAAGUGAACUAUUCAAUGGCGACUUACCUCCUGAAGAAUUCUUUUGUCCCAUAUCAUCAAGUUUAAUGUUCGAUCCAGUCAUCAUAGCUUCUGGGAAAACUUUUGAAAGGAUUUUCAUAGAAAAGUGGUUUAGCGAGGGGCAUGAUACAUGUCCUAAGACACACAAGAAGUUAGAAAAUUUUUCUGUAGUUCCUAAUUCUUCCAUGAAGAAUCUUAUUUCAAGCUGGUGCCGAAAGCAUGGUGUCAUUAUUCUGAAUCCUUGCCCUCAGCCCGAAGGGGUAGACAUUCAAGCUUUGGAAUCCAUCCGCUGCAGUUCAGUUUCAAGCUUGAAAAAUAUAUCUACGGCACUGUUAGAUGGGACCAAAGGAGAUUACUGUCUACUUGAAAGUGUGAGAAAUAUAUCAUCUUUGAAUUCUAGUUCUUGUUGUUAUUCAGAUUCAUCUCAUGUUAAAAAGGUUGAGAGCUCAAACAAUAAUUAUGUGCGAUUGUUCUCUUGGAGUGAUGAUUACCAAAAUGAUCAAUCCUUUGCAAAAUUUAGUCCGGAUAUGUAUCUGAGGUUCUUAUUUCAUCUUUCUGAGCUUCCGACCUUACUCAAAGUAAAAGCAGUGGAAGAAAUAAAAUACAUUUUGGAAGGUGAAGUGGUUAACUGUGGCAUGCACUAUAGCAAAUUUGCUGAAGCACUCAUGAUAUUUUUGAAGAAAGCAUGUUCACUAUCUGAUUUACCUGCGCAAAGAAGUGGAGCUCAAAUUUUUCUUGCACUUUUUGCUAAUGAAAGUUGGGAGCAUAAUUUCAAAAGUGAAGAUGCAAUUCAAUCGCUGUCAUCAUUUCUUCAUUGUGGUAUAGACAAGGAAGCUUUAGCGAUUCUACAAAAGGUUGCCCUUCGUCCUGACUUUGUGGCAUGUAUUGUGGCAUCCGAUAUUCCUCUCAAAGUCAUAAAUUUUCUAAAUUCUGAAAAUGGUGAAUGUGUGGAGAUUGCUAUGAAGAUCCUCUCAGAGUUGUCAUCUAAUGGAGAAAUGAGAUAUAAUUUUCUAUCCUCUUCAUGCAUAGAAAAAAUUGGUCAACUUUUGAGCAGUAAAAGUCUGGUCAGAUUGAGUUUAAAUAUUCUACAGAAUCUAGUUGGAGAUGAAGAGGCUUCAAUGCUGAUUGCUGAUGCAAAUGGCUGCAUUGCUUCCAUAGCUGAAGUUCUUGAAUUCGGUGAACCAGAGCAGGAACAAGCUGUCACCAUCUUACUUUCCCUAUGUUCUCGCAGUUUGAGAAAUUGUUUGCUCGUCUUGAAAGAGGGGGUUAUUCCAUCACUCGUCCAUAUUUCUGUGAAUGGAAGUGCAAAGGCAAAGGAGAACUCUAUUAAGCUACUCCAUGUUUUGAGAGAUAUAAGACGUAUUGAUCGUCUUGACAGUCCACAGCCUCAUCGUGAACCUGUAUCUGAAUUAGUUGAGCAUCCAGUUAAGAAAUCUAAAAAGCCAGUAUCAAAAUAUAAGUCCUUUGGCUUUCUUAGUCUGAAAAUGAAAUCAAUAUCAAAAUCCCUGGCGUUUUUCUGAGUGUCUGGCAAUUUUUAUAAGGCGCAGCGAUUGAUCAUCUUUGACUUCUAUCAAACUCUCAAACUGAAAGCUCCAUUGCUGUGUACUAACUACCUACAGUGUUUCAAUAAGUAAAAUAUGGGGCUCAAUCGUUCUUCAUCGUUGUGGAAUUGCUCUUCAACGAGCCCCAAUGCAAUUUAGUCUCAGAUCCUGUUCCAGAACAGCAAAGAUCCAAUUAUGAAAGAGGCCAAAUCCAGCUGUUUCUCUUCAUUCACAAAUUGACCGUUUUCUGGCAACAAAACCAGUCAGUAGCGCACUUGAGGUGAUUGAAAUCUUUCUAUUUCUUGCAUCUUUACAGUUGUUUGAUGGUCCAAAGCAUCUUUUUUCUGAAAAACAAAAUAAAAAAUGAAGAUGCUUUAAUUCUAAGAGAUAGGAUUUCUCAUCAUCAACCAACUUAUGUGGGGUCAUAUUCUGUGAGUUAUCCAUAUUAUUUUCUUUUCUUUUAAGAUGCUGGUCCAGCUUCAGAUUUUUGUGAGAGGGAUUGACAUAUUUGAGAUGCUUCAUGUUAUAGUGAUGUAUAGCUAAAAUGCAUAGAAAGAAAUGCUUUAUUUUAUUUUUUAUAUUGUUAAGUUGUAGAGCCUAAUUUUUUUUGUUUUUA